GUGGGAGACAAGGUUGAUUUGUAAAUCGUAAGUACGUAUAUAAAUCCACCGUUGUACCAGCAUUAACUGAAGUGAUUUUUCUUUCGAUCAACUAACUUCAGUGUUUUGUGCACAGUUCAAUAUGAAAAUAACAGUAAUAUAGAGGUUACGACAACACAUAUGGAGGAUACAGUGGAAGUAGCUAUGGAGGGUAUGGAGGUUUGGGAGGACUAGGAGGUCACGGAGGAUAUGGAGGAUUAGGUGGACUAGGAGGGUACGGAGGAUAUGGAGGAUAUGGUGGAUAUGGAGGGUACGAUGGCUAUGGAGGGUCCAGCGGAUAUGGAGGCAGUAAUUUCUUGGGUGGAGGAUACAAGCCAUAUUAUGGAACCAAAAGUUAUUAUAAGCGAUAGUUUCAGUCGUAUCUUGAUAUUAAAAUUAUAUCCACUAGAAGGGGUGUAAAAUUCGAUUAAUAAUAUUUAUUAAUUUGAAUGUCACAGAAUAAUGUGCAAUAUUUCAUUAAAUGUUUAUGUUUUAU